CCCGAUUUUAAUAGCAGAUUCGAUUGCCCUGCGCCACACAUUGACGAUGGGUCGCGAAAUACAGAAGAAAAAGAAUCGCUCAAAAGUGCCCACGCUUAAAAAGAAGCGCAAGCUGACACGCUAUGGCGAUAAAAAAGUCAACGUUUUUGGCAAUUCCCUGAUCGCCGAGAACUGGGAUAUGGGCCAGACCUUGGUGCAGAAUUAUCGUCGACUAGGCUUGACAACUCGCUUGAAUGCUCCCACGGGAGGCGUUGAGAAACCCAAAGGUGUCGACGCCGUUACAGCAGACAGACUUACCUCUGAUUCCUUAUACAUCACCAACAAAGCCACCGAGGCGCAAAUAGAGGCAGAGGAAGUACUUGUGGAACGCGACCCUGAAACUGGAAAGAUCGUUCGUGUUAUCGCAGACGAGGACGACGAUGAGAUAGAGAUCGGUGGCCGUAAAGUCAAGCGCUCGAAUCCCCUCUCAGACCCAAUCAAUGAUAUUGGGAAGAAUACGAAGAAAAAGACAAAGAACGAUAAACCCCAGUCUGAUUUUAUUAAAGGGUUAGAGCUGCGUGCUCUGCAAGAGGAAGAGGCUGUCAAGAAACGACGGCCGCGGCAACAGAGCAAAAGAGAAGAGGAGUGGAUUGAAAGAUUAGUUGCUCGGCAUGGAGAGAAUGUUAAGGCCAUGGUUCGUGAUAGAAAGUUGAAUCCGAUGCAGCAAACCGAGGGCGAUCUGCGAAGGAGAAUUUCCAAGUGGCAGGAAAAACAGUGCUCUUAGAUGUCUAUCUUCAUUUUUGUGAUGGCACUUUAAUUGGCGAAUCGGCGUAUGGGGAUUAAAAUUGGUGUUUCAAUUUUUUUUACAGGGUCUACACGUAUAUGCUUAGAUGAGUUCAAUGAUACUAUGUAUCCUUGAUAUGACCUAUCACAAUUACAUACGCAAA